AUGGGUUUGAGUCGCCGUGAUGCUUUCUUCGAUUACGCCGAAGAGGAGGCCGAACAACGUCGGCAGGAGGAGGAGGAGGCCAAAGCGAAAGCCAGGGCUACUCGAGCUUAUGUGAACCGGGUUAUCUUUCAUCCUCACUUCAAGAACAUCACCUACAAUCAACUUAUCGCCAUGAAUCCUACCCUCGAAGUUGGCGCCAUCGUUAUUCGUCCCAGUCGUCAAGGCACUGAUCACCUGACUGUUUCACUUAAAGUCGAUGAUGGUAUUUUCAAGCACAUUGAUGUCAUCGAGAAAGAUAAGCCACAGAGCUUCGGAUUGGGCAAGACGCUUCUCAUUGGCAACGAGUCAUUUGAAGAUUUGGAUGAAAUUGUGGCUCGCCACAUGGAACCGAUGGUGUCACUCAUUCGUGAGGUCUACGCCUACAAGUAUUAUUGUGAUUCACAGGUCUUGACACAACCGGAAAUGUUAAAAUAUGACGCACAACUGCACUCAAAGUAUUGGAGAACGUUUUUGUCACAACUAGAUUCUUCGAUUGUUUAA